AUUCUUUCAUCGACCGGAAAUGCUCUGUUGCUGUUCGUGACUUGACGUUGCUACAAACCAGAAGCAGCAGUACAAGGUUGUACUUUGCUACCUGUCCGAGUGUUUCUAUGUCUUUUUUGGAGUGAACGCCCCGACUGUGUUUAGCUCCGGAGUUGACAGCAGCGUCAUGGCGUCUGGAGGCCCCAUGAUGAACGGCGACAUCUCUCGCUCUCCCAGUCAGUCUGGUACGCUGGAGGAAACCCUGCAGCAGAUGAACAUCCUCAUCCAGGAGAACCGAGACCUGAAAGAGGCGCUGCGUCAGACCAAUCUGACGAUGAAGGAGCGAUUCGAGGGUCUGACUGCAUGGCGGGAGAAGCAGCGGGAGGAGCGGGACUUCCUGGAGAGCAGGCUGGCAGAGGCUCGUGGCCGCAUGGAGGCGCUGACCCACCAAAACCAGGAGCUGAAUAAGAAACUGGAGGAGGCGGGGAGGGCAGGAGGAGCUCCAGGAGGAUGGCAGAGCACAGAGGUGGAAGCCCUCCGUGCCCAGGUCGCUCGCCUGCAGGCAGAAAAGAACGACCUGGUGGCCAUGAACUCUGAGCUGCAGCUGAAGGCGGAGCAGGACUCUCGGGAUGACUCCUUUAUCGAGAUCAUCAAGGUCUCGGAUGGAGGCGUCAGUGGUGUGAACGACAUGCAUGGCACAGAGCGCAGCAUGACAGCGUCCCGGUUGGACAGCGAGGAGUUGACGGUGAGCCAGUUGCUGCAGUCGCUGAGGAACGAGACUCAGCGAGCCGAUCGGCUGCAGGAGGAGCUUCGGGUUUCUGCUGCCAGGAUUAGGGAGCUGGAGGAGAGGAAGAGUGAUGUAGAGAAAUCAACACAGACGACCGAGCCAGAGACCAAGGAGGAUUCUGAGGAGGAGAAGGCAGCAUCUGAGGUGGAAAAUCUCAAGUCUCAGAUGAUGACACUGUUCAAAGAGCUGCAGCAGGCCCAGAGCAAGCUGGACGAAGCAGAAAGCAUGAAGAAGAACCUGCAGGACAGAUGCCGGGAGGUGGAGCAGGACGUGGUGACUCUGAAAGCUCAGCUGGUGGAGAAACAGGCCGUUCAGUCGGAGAACGACCGGCUGAAACUGCAGCUGGACAGCAUGCAGGCCCAGAGCCAGAUGGAGCAGAAGAAGGCUGGGGAGGAGAGAAACACCCUGGCCCAGCUGAAGGAUGCCUAUACCAAAUUGUUUGAAGACUACAAUGAGCUCAAAGAGGAGGAGAAGAAGAGAAAGUCUCUGAUGGUGCACAAGGACAUGUUGGACGAGCUGCAGGUGCGGCUGACCACUGCUGAGGAAGCCCUGGCUGUAAAACAGAGCAAGAUUGAUGACAUGAAGCAGGAGAUCUUCCAGAAGGAGAAGGAGCUGGAGACCAUAUCUGUUUUCCAGGCUCAGGCGGAGGUCUACUCCUCAGACUUCUACGCUGAGCGGGCAGCGAGGGAGAAACUCCAUGAGGAGAAGGAGCGCCUGGCUGCUCAGCUGGAGUAUGUGAAGAAGCAGAAUACCCAGCUGCAGGAGGAGAUGGACUCUCUGGGCCGGCAGUCACUGAACGAGAUGCAGAGGAGACAUGUGUCGCUGGGAGGAAAUCCACAUGGAGCCGGAGCAACUCUGGUUGGAAGAGGUACAGGUUCUGACUGGCAGCAUCAGGGAAACAUUCCCGAACAUGCCUGUCCCAAGUGCAAUGAGAUCCUGCCAGAUCUGGACUCCCUGCAGAUCCACAUCAUGGACUGCAUCAACUAGACCUCCGUCAUUAUAAGUAUCUACGACAACAGCAGCAACAUUAGCACCUUAAUCUGAGUCUUCCUCUGCUUUGACCUGUAUCCUCUUCCUCUGAUCCCUGUGACGGCACUCCACAGAUCCACUACAAGAUCAGGAAUAUUCACUGUAGGAUGGUAACACUUUGCUCUUGUCAGAAUUUAAGAAGAUUGACUUCAAAGCUGUACAGGAUGAUGAUGAUGGAAAUUAGUCUGAGAAGAAUUUGUCAUCUAUUUCUUGUAAACACAUUUAGAAUAGUGUAGGAAUAAUAUCAUAGGACACAUCCUCUUGUAGGUUUUGGGUCCACGCUGACUGGCACAUGGUCUGUUUGUUGCUGUAAUGAAUGAAAACAAGCUGAAGAUGAAAAUCCUCAAGGUAAAACAGAUCUGGAACAUCAAAACAGAAACUGCACGAACCCUUUGAUGAAAUUUCAGUUUGGUGCUGUCUGCCCGUCACACAUACAUUAAAUAAUCAACCAAAGUUGAGUCUUUACAAGUUGUAUUUGUUUAUCAAGUUUGUUGACAGUUUUGUCAUCAAUUUAAAAUUAUUUUAUGUAUUUUUUGCUUGGAAAUGAUAUUUUAACUCAUGAUUGGGUUUUUGGUGUUGGAGUAAAAAGGAGCAUGCACCACGUCGGCACUUUUAAUAUGAAGAUAUAUAUUUUAUUUUGACUCUGCAGAUGAUAUCUGGUAAUUAGAGUGCACUGUAUUUAAUGUGUUAAUCAGCCUGUGAGUGUAAGCAACAGCCUUUGGAUGGUAUAUGUAUGUGCAGGAGGCUCCAACAUCCUGCUGAUAAACAAUAAAUAAAAAUGAAAGUAUUUGUGAA